AUGUCGUGUCAGCUCAGGUACCGCAGUCGUAAAGAUCACAGGUUGGACGACUCCGGGCCGGCGGUUUUCCAGAGGAUCCCGUCCUUGCCCCGCCCUCGGGCCGGGGUGACAGCAGCGCCCUCUCCCCUCUACCAGCCACCGCAGGCCGUCGGCCGCGGCAGUGACCCCGACCCCGUGCUCAAGCGCUGGUGGAAGGUGCCGCUGGCCGGGGAGGGCCGCAAGCCGCGCCUGCACCGGCGACACCGCGUCUACAGGCUGGUGGAGGACACGAAACACCGGCCCAAAGAAAACCUGGAGCUGAUCCUCACGCAGUCGGUGGACGAACUUGGAGUCCGGGGAGACUUGGUCUCGGUGAAGAAAUCUGUGGGUCGCAAUCGACUGCUCCCUCAAGGACUGGCUGUAUACCCAUCCCCAGAAAACAAGAAGUUGUUUGAAGAGGAGAAAUUGCUGAGACAAGAAGGAAAAUUAGAGAAGAUCCAGACCCGGGCAGGCGAGGCGACAGUGAAAUUUCUGAGAAGCUGUCACCUGGAGGUGGGGAUGAGGAACAACAUCAAAUGGGAGCUAAACCCUGAAAUAGUAGCCCGCCACUUCCUUAAAAACCUUGGUGUUGUGGUCGCCCCACAUGCUUUAAAGUUACCCGAAGAGGCCAUCACACGGUGGGGCGAGUACUGGUGUGAGGUGACGGUCAAUGGGCUGGACACUGUGAGGGUACCUAUGUCCGUGGUGAACUUUGAGAGGCCCAAGACCAAAAGAUACAAGUACUGGUUAGCCCAGCAAGCUGCCCGGGGAAUGGCCCCCACCAGCCCCCAGACGCUCUGAAGCCUCUCCCCCUCCAAAGCAGCGAAGCAGGAUCCGAGACAGUGAAGCAAAGAUGGGCCAGCUCUGACCAAGCGGGGAGUUCUCUGAGCAUAGGGGGACAUCGGGGUAACUGCGUGUGCAUGUCGAAUUCCCCAUAUUCGCUCUCCGUCUUCGAUGGUUACACAUCCGGCCUUUGGGGGGCA